AUGCGGGCUCAAAAACAGCAACAGAAACAGAUUUCCAAUUCCCUGUCUAAACGGCGGGGCAAAGGGCCGAAGACGGCGGGAGAAAAAUGCUGUCUGUUCUUGAUCAUGAUCACUCCUAUCAUCCUUGUGCUUUCCUUCAUCUAUGUGGCCGGGAUUUACAAAGAAAUGACGCUAGAUAGCAGCGAACCAGUGACUGCGGGACAGUUGGGACAUGUCAUAGCUGAUAAACUAGAACAUAGGCUAGAACAGCAAAAGAAACGGCUGGGAGGACCAACAGGAGGAGAAGAAAAGCAACUGCACAUCAAUGAGGUCAAGAGAGGAGACGAUGACGAAGAGGCCAAUAGCAAUGUCAAGGAGUUCAGUGACAUGCAAACCGCUAGGACUAGCGAGGAUCAAAAGGAUGAAACCAAUGAAGAAGAAGACAACAACAAAAAGGAAGUUUUGGUACUGGCCACCUCUAUCGGGGACAUUCGCAUUACUCUUCGUUCUGACUUGUCAAAGGGAUCCGUCGAUUAUCUCAUUAAGCUGGCUGAAGAGGGGUGCGAAAGAUGCAAAUUGUACCGUGCCGAGCCUCGUGGAAUCUUACAAGGGAUUAUGGCCAACAAGGCCAUUAAAACCAACACGGAAAAGGGCUCCUGUCCUCCUGAUGUUCAAGAUGUUGCCGUCGGAGAUUGUCCCUCUUGGGACAAAAACUGUGGCUGCCAUGGACCCAUUAUGACCCGGGGUAGUGUUGGAUGGGCAGCUGGACAGGCUGGGGGACCUGACUUUUUCAUUGACAACUACAAGCAACCAGCCAAAUUUUGGGGAACUCAACAUACCAACUUUGGUAAAAUUGAAGACGACGCCAGCUUUGCUGUAAUCGAACAUAUCUUCGAUCUUCCUACGAAGAAGCAGGGUCUAACAUUUUUGGUAGACGAGAUUCAUUUCCAGUUGCGAUUGGAGUAA